GCCGAGCGGGCGGGCGGGCGGGCGCGGCUGCACCGUGAGCGCCGGCGGGGCUGCUGGGCCCCGCACCCUGUCUCCUCCUCGCCGCGGGCGCCCUCGGACAUGGUGGCCCCCGGCUCUGUGACCAGCCGGCUGGGCUCGGUGUUCCCCUUCCUGCUGGUCCUGGUGGACCUGCAGUACGAAGGUGCUGAAUGUGGAGUGAAUGCAGAUGUUGAGAAACAUCUUGAAUUGGGCAAGAAAUUACUUGCAGCUGGACAGCUAGCUGAUGCUUUAUCUCAGUUUCAUGCUGCAGUAGAUGGUGACCCAGAUAACUAUAUUGCUUACUAUCGGAGAGCUACUGUCUUUUUAGCUAUGGGCAAAUCAAAAGCAGCACUUCCUGAUUUAACUAAAGUGAUUGAAUUGAAGAUGGAUUUCACUGCAGCAAGAUUACAGAGAGGUCACUUAUUACUCAAACAAGGAAAACUUGAUGAAGCAGAAGAUGAUUUUAAAAAAGUGCUCAAAUCUAACCCAAGUGAAAACGAAGAAAAGGAAGCCCAGUCCCAAAUUGUGAAAUCGGACGAAAUGCAGCGUUUGCGUUCCCAAGCACUUGAUGCUUUCGAGAGCUCAGAUUAUACUGCUGCUAUAACCUUCCUUGAUAAAAUUUUAGAGGUUUGUGUUUGGGAUGCAGAACUACGGGAACUUCGAGCUGAAUGUUUCAUAAAAGAAGGGGAACCUAGGAAAGCAAUAAGUGACUUAAAAGCUGCAUCAAAAUUGAAGAAUGAUAAUACUGAGGCUUUUUAUAAAAUUAGCACACUGUACUAUCAACUAGGAGACCACGAACUGUCCCUCAGCGAAGUUCGUGAAUGUCUUAAACUUGACCAGGAUCAUAAAAGGUGUUUUGCACACUAUAAACAAGUAAAGAAACUGAAUAAACUAAUCGAGUCAGCUGAAGAGCUCAUCAGAGAUGGCAGAUACACAGAUGCGACCAGCAAAUAUGAAUCUGUCAUGAAAACAGAGCCAACUGUUUCUGAAUAUACGAUUCGUUCAAAAGAAAGGAUUUGCCACUGUUUUUCUAAGGAUGAGAAGCCUGUUGAAGCUAUUCGAAUAUGUUCUGAAGUUUUACAGAUGGAACCUGACAAUGUGAAUGCUCUGAAAGAUCGAGCAGAGGCCUAUUUAAUAGAGGAAAUGUAUGAUGAAGCUAUUCAGGAUUAUGAAACUGCUCAGGAACACAAUGAAAAUGAUCAGCAGAUUCGGGAAGGUCUGGAAAAGGCACAAAGGCUAUUGAAACAGUCGCAGAAACGAGAUUAUUAUAAAAUCUUGGGAGUAAAAAGAAACGCCAAAAAGCAAGAAAUCAUUAAAGCAUACCGAAAAUUAGCACUGCAGUGGCAUCCAGAUAACUUCCAGAAUGAAGAAGAAAAGAAAAAAGCGGAGAAAAAGUUCAUUGACAUAGCAGCUGCUAAAGAAGUUCUCUCUGAUCCAGAAAUGAGGAAGAAGUUUGAUGAUGGAGAAGACCCCCUGGAUGCAGAGAGUCAACAAGGAGGUGGUGGCAACCCUUUCCACAGGAGCUGGAACUCAUGGCAAGGGUUCAAUCCCUUUAGCUCAGGCGGACCUUUUAGAUUUAAAUUCCACUUCAAUUAAACCAGCUGUUUUUCUGCUCUU